ACUCGGCCCUCACCCCACCCGGCGGGGCCAUUCUGAGGUCAGAGCUCCGGCUUGCUGCAUCACUGCAUCCCACCGUCCCGUCCCCGUCGCACCAUGGAACAGAUGGACAUGUCCAGGUUGGUGGGCCGCGUGGUCGUGGUCACCGGGGCCGCGGGGGGGCUCGGUGCCGCCAUCGCCGAGGACCUCUUCCAAUCCGGCCUCAAAGUGGCCGCCUUCGACUGCAACCUGGAGAGGGUCCAGGCACUGGCCGCGCGCCUCCAGGGCGGCUCCAGCAGCGGCGCGGCCGGCGGGUCGGUGCACCCGCUCCAUGUGGACAUCACCAAGGAGGCGGAGCUCAAGCGGGCCUUCCAGUGGGUGGACGAGCACCUAGGAGCCGUGGCGGCCAUUGUCAACAACGCCGGCAUCGCGCCCAUGAGCCCUUUAGGAGAUUCAGAUCAUCAGCUGAUGUCCAGCGUGCUCAACACGAACGUUCUGGGGCUGGCCGCAGCCACCCGGGAGGCCAUUGAAAGCAUGAAGAAGCAUGGCGUCAAAGACGGCGUCAUCGUUAACAUUGGCAGCACCGUGGGCCACGCCGAGUUCAUAUCGCGUGCCCUGCUGGACGUGUUCGCCAUGUCCAUGUACGCCACCUCCAAGCACGCGGUCAUCGGUUUCAAUCGUGCCCUCCGCGCCGAGCUGAGGAACCAAGGAGUCAACGUCAGGGUCACGGACCUCUCCCCCGGGACAGUCCAGACGCCCCUAGUGAGCGAUAAGUGUCUGGAGGAUUUGGAGCACCGUGUCUUGCAGCCUCGCGACAUAGCGCGCGCCGUCCGCUUCGUACUGUCCAGCCCGCCGUCCGUCGAGAUCGUGCACCUCACCAUUCAGCCAGCUGGGGAAGUAUGGUGAACGUUCUACAAAGUUGUGAGUGGUUUGAGGGUUGUAAGUAAGUUGUUACUUCUAUAAAAAGUUGAAUGAAUAAAUUAUUUUAUUUUUUA